CAAUUUAGGCAUCUUAAAUAGGGUUAUUUAACAUAAUUAACGAUUAUCAUAAAAUGUAUCAAUAUCAAUGUUGACGAAUGCAAAAAAGUUGAAUUUCAAUUCAAACGUUUCAUCGUUAUCAUAAACGACAUCAAAGUUUACAAAAGUAAAUAUUUUAAAUUUGUCAAUAAGCAUCGUAAAAAAAAAUUCUCGUCUUAUUUUUAUCAGAAGAUAAUUAAGCCUAUUAUGACCAAUUGCAUCGAUUUAUAGUAUUGUUGUGAUAAGUAUAUUACAGAUACAAGCCAAACAGUAACCCCAUUAUCAAAAGUAUUAUUUUUUAAAGUUUAAAUGCAACUUUAUCGCUUAAAGUAAUAAGAGUAAACUAACGUUUUAGAUUUGUCACCCGGUAUCUAUCUAUCACAAGUUGUAUUAAGAUAACAACUACGUGUGGACUUACUAUACUUGUAUUAAACACAAAGGAAUAUUUUUAUUGGCUAAACGAAAACCGAUCUCAUAUUAAUAUUACAUUUGUAAUUUAUGCUUAAAUAGUAGAUAUGUAUGUGCAUAUAGUCUAGUCGCUUCUAAGAAAUGCUGACAUAAGGUCGAUAUAAAGGAAUGCGAUGAUAAACGUUUAUGUUACUCAGAAGUUAUCAUUUAUUAAUAUGAUAUCUUAUCCGUAUCCAUUAGCAAUUAUUUAGAUAUGUAUUGGAUUUAAAUAUGAAAUAAUACCUGAAUAUUUAGUAUCAAUUGUUCAUAGUUGUACAUUUCGUGUACCGAGAUGAUUCUCAAAAUAUUAAUUUUACUAAUCUUUGUGUCGUUCGUAGUCAGUGAUGAUUCUUGUGUGACAUACAAUUUUGAAAAAAACUUCAAUGAUUGGUUUAGUGAUUAUGGCAUAACAUGCAAUGGUAUGCCAACGCUACCAUGGAUGAUCGGCGAGUAUAGUAAUUUGGAUUUACCCCCACCAAACAAACUCAGUACCAAGUUUAUAACACCGACACUAGGUGACGUAAUAAGUUGUACGACGACCUUCUUUUUUACAAUGAACAAUGGUGGAGUGAUCGAAUUUGAGAUAUAUACAGAAACAGAAAUCAAUCAUAUGUUCCAAAUUAUGGUCUUUGAAAGUGCAACCCAUGAUGUUCCUGUAGGUAUGGUCAAUCCAAACCCUGCGAAAGGAUGGCGUACUGUGACGAUAGGACCGUUGAGCGGCGCAAACACAUAUGAAGGCUAUGUAUCUAUCUUGGCAAUGGCAUCAACCGAUUCUAUCAUUUUAAUUGAUUCUUUUCGAUACAUACCACCGUAUAAGAAUCCAGAGUUAUGUCAAAUCUAUGAAGAAAUUACAACAACAACAACAACAACAACAACAACAACCACUCCAACGACCACAACAACCACCCCAACGACCACAACAACCACAACGACCCCAACUACAACAACGACCCCAACUACAACGACGACCCCAACAACAACAACGACCUCAACUACAACGACGACCCCAACUACAACAACGACCCCAACUACAACAACGACCCCAACUACAACAACGACCCCAACUACUACAACUUCCCCAACUACGACAACGACUCCAACUACAAUAACAACGAUCCCAACUACAAUAACCACGUCAAGUGGUGUACAUGAUCCCACGAACGGAACAGAUUCACCACUUGGAAAAAGGAAAAGAAAGUCUCAAGAUGCAAUAAUUAAUAAAAUUGAAGACAUCCCCAGUACUUUAAAAGUACCGAGGGUAAGAAGUGUAUAUCUAGAUAUAAAUAUUAAUCCAUAUGCGAGUAAUGAAAAUGAUACAGCAACACCAUAA